AUCCAACCAGCUUAACGACCGAUUUCACUUCUGCUUUUCUAAGGAAGUAUGAAGGCACAUGACCCGUCCCAGCUGAUGCGAGUGGCUCCGCUGUGCUUGUUCAAAGUUCAGUCAGCUGGCUGCAGAUUAGAACGGGGGCGGGUGGUUUCACAGAGGGGGUCUGCACAGUAGCUAAGUCAUGCCUUAGCAGGCUCCUGCGUGUCCUUCCGUCCUGACAUGGGAACAGAGACAGAUCCUUCGCUCGGCUCAAAUACCAGAACAACACAGACCGCCUCGUCUUAGAGGCAGGAAAGUCCCAGAUGGCUCUAACACAGACACAGGACCAGUCUGCUAAAGGACAGAGGAUCAAUAAGGAAACAGGAGAGCUGAGUGCUUCAGGAGAGUUGUCCAUCUCCGUGGAACUGAAGACAGGGAACGUGGAGGGCUCUUGUAGGAACCCUCAACUACUACAAUUGCUCCGAGAACAACUACAGGAAUUGGGUGUUGAUACUUUCUCGAACUCUGACCACCAAAUCGACCAUGGCUGUUUAGAGCAGAGGGAGGAGCAUCUAGUCAAAGUCCUGCCUCUCUACAUACAGGCCUGUGAGGAUGGUUGCAGACUGGAGGGUUUGGACUUGAGGGGUCUUGCGUCUCGCACUGCUGUUACGAUCAUCCACAACAUCCUCAAGAGAGUGUCAGAAAGGCCCGCAGAGGGGGCUUGUGAAGAAGUUAUUCAAUUCUUCCAAAGACCAGAUGAGGACACAGGCUGUGAAAUUGGAAAUCCGGGAUGGCUGCUGUUAAAGUCUCUUCUGCUGCUCACAGCUGACAGCUCAGACAUACUCUCCUGCAUGCACCCAGGUCUCCCUGCUGCGUUGAUGAAGUGUCUGUACCUGCUAGUGUGCCUUCCAACUAAAAAGGACAUCUCCGCUAAAAAUGAGAGCUUCCAGGAGCAUCUGACGCAGGUCCUGCUUCAGCUCUGCAGGCAGCCGGUCAAUGUGGAGAGGAUGGUGGAGACUCAGGAACUGCAGUGUCUCAUCAUUGGCCUCACGUCGCUGUGGGAUCAGACCAGUGACACCUGGAGGCACCAGGCCUCGCGCGUCCUCAAGGCCGUCUCUGCUGUAGCGACGAGCAACACGGUCGCGAGCUUGCUGGGCAAGAACUGUGUUCGUAUCUGCAUCCAGAACCUGUUGCAUAUCAGCGCCGAUGUCUCAGGGCAUCUGCUGGCUGAAGUGGCUGUGGCUGUGUUCAGCUUCAUUAGAGACACCUAUCCCCUCAAUACGGCCCUCUUCAUCGAGUUUGAUACCAACAACGGCUACCAGGCCCUUGAAAACAUCCUGAAACGCUGUGAGAGCGGCGUGUCGGAGGAUCACUUUCAGCCGGUGGAGGAGCUGCUGGCUCUCAUCGCGUCUCUCACUCUAAUGGGAAAAACUGAACUGAAAGUAGCUCUUUGUGUCACCAACCCGCAGCCUCCAGGCUUUAAGUUUGAUCCACCCCUCACCAAAGGUUCAGCGGUAAAGAACCUGCAGGCCUUCCACCUUCUGCAGACCUCCUUAUUGCGUUCCUCAGACUCCCUGCUGGGUUGCCAGCUUCUUCGCACCCUUCAGUCAAUAUGGGAGCGAGACCCAGCUAACUUCCUCCUCUUGGAGUGGACUGUCCAGUCGAUGGCCCAGCUGGCUGCCUGCGUGUGGAGUAAACCAGCACCUGUUCAAAAACUAUUCUUUUCACUGCUAGAAAUGGUAGUGUUUAAGAUGAGCUACAUUCCCCAUGAGACCCUGCGCACACUGCUAAGUGCCCUGAAGCAGAUCUGGGCCGGGACGUUGGCUGGAGGGAUCACAGGGAUCGAGUUCGGUGUGGUGGCUCUCAAGUGUUUUAACAGGAUGAUGGUGCACAGUGGGAUGUUAGCUGAGGUGCUGAGUGACUGGGGUCUGCUGGAGCUGCUGCUUGGAGAGCUUCGCCGAAGAGCUAAAAUCAUCAGGAAGGCUGGCGCUGUCUCCCCUCCCCAAACCGAUCCUCAGCAGGUGUCAUCUGUGGUUGAACGUGAGAAAGACCUCACCACCUGUAUGCUUCAAGUUGUGUCCACACUGACCUUGCGUUCGAUCAAAAACACAGUGUCGGUGCGGGACCUUGGUAUGGUUCCCUACAUUAAGAUUUUCUUGGAUGGAGAUCAGUAUCGAGGACCCACCCUGAGCAUUUUGGAGCAGCUAGCUGAAAUUAACCCAGAGGAGUUCAUGAGUACGGCAAUAGGAGCCCUGUGCUCCUCUACGCAGCAGGAGCUCGCACUAAAGCGGGACCUUUUGCAGUCGGUGCUGAAGGUUCUAGAGAGGCCCAGCAGCUGGGACGCCUUCAGGAAAGCAGGAGGCUUCACUGGGCUGUUGUCAUUGGUGAUCGACAUGGAAGGAGCCCUCGCUGCCCCUCCCCAGGAGGAGACGUGGAGGACCCUGGGGCAUCAGCCGCUGCUGGACCUCCUCCUCCUCACUCUUCACAUCCUGGCCUUGUCUGUGCAUCUUAACGUGGUAAACGCGAACUACUUUGAGACUGCGGGCUUUUAUGAAAAGCUGGCAGAGGCUCUUCUUCGCCUUGGAUGCUUCCACACUAAAGGCCAAGAACAGGAGAAGUGGUCCAGAGAGGAGGAUUCCUGUCCCAAGACUGCGCAGGGCAACCAGUCUCCUGGAAAGACCUUCCACCAGUUUGUUGAGCUGGCGGAGGCGCCCAGGGCUUCCUGUUUGGCUCCGGCCGUGCCGCAGCCCAACCUGCCUGUCGCUCUGAGGACGUGCGUGAGGCUGCUGUCCUACCUCGACCACUUCUCCACGGGGACCUACACGCCUCAAAACUUAAACUUGGGACUCGGGUCUGAGGGUGAAUGUGAGCAGGAUAAGGAGAAAACGAGUGAAGCAGCGAGCUCACAAUCAGCCACACCAGGCCUGCAGUUUGGGGAGGAGACGUGUAGAUCCAGAAGCACAGCUGGCAGUAUCUCCACCGUCUGCACAGACUCUGAGUACAGCAGGUUCACCCGCGAGCAUGUGAUUUUUCAUCCCGGAGCAUUUCGAGUCAUGAUAACACUUCUUCCAUCAGUGUUUACUCCUGAAGACCCACAGCUGUCUGUGGAGGUUCAGUUCUCACUGGCGCACCACAUCCAGGCCAUGGUUAAACCUGAACAGAACCGUCAGAUACUGUGUGAAGGUGGCCUGGUCUCCACAAUCCUGACCCACUGUAGAAGCAUGUUGCUGGCUCCAAACCACCCGUUACAUCUGCCUGUCACACGUAUCUUAGAGAAGCUCUCGUCUCAGGCCAUCACGCAUUUAGACUUCAGAAAAUUCCUGUGUUUAGGAGACCCUCUAAUGUGCUUGGCUGACAAAACGGCAACGCCAACUCCUGUAUCCAACGGCCACAGUACAGAGAAAGAUGCCUCAUCAGGAUCAGCUGUAAAGAAGCUGAAGCGGACGUUCAGCUUUUUACGCUCUUCGGCGCGCGAUGAGUGCUCUCUUGGUUGCACAAUCCCUGUUCACCAGAUUAUUAGUCUGGUGUCGAUGACCUCGCCGCGCACCUUCAGACCACACCGAGUGUCCUCUACGCCUGCGUUUGUUGAGUUUGACAUGAGUGAGAGCGGAUAUGGCUGUCUGUUUCUGCCAUCUCUGGCCACGGUGAGAGGAGUGACUGCUGAUUCAAUUUCAACAGGUGGAAUUGGAGGAGACUGUCGGGGUUUUCCACCUACGGCUGGUCUGUCGUUCUCCUGCUGGUUCCAGAUCAGCAAGUUCAGUUCAGCCUGUGACUCCCAUCCAAUCCGACUGCUGUCAGUGGUUCGCCACAUGUCCCGGACUGAACAACAGUACAUUUGUUUGUCUGUCUCCUUUUCAGCCUAUGAUGGAUGUUUGGUCAUCUCCACCGAGGAGGAGGCGUUUACAUACAUGGAUAUGAUGGAGCCAGAAGUUGGCACUCCCACUUCUUUAACUGCAUCACUGAGGUUCCGCUGCUCCAGCAUGCUGGUCCCAGGUCAGUGGCACCAUCUAGUAGUGGUUAUGGCCAAGGAUGUGAAGAAAAGCUGUCUGGCCUCAACUUACUUCAACGGCAAGCCCCUGGGGACAGGAAAGAUGAAGUACAUUCAGCCGUUCCCUGGUCAGUAUGUCUCCAUGGACCCCACAGCUGUGAUUGACGUGUAUGGACUCAUAGGAACACCCGCUAUCUGGAAGGAGCAUGCUGCUUUGGUGUGGCGAGUGGGUCCUUCUUACUUUUUUGAAGACACCUUGAGCCCAGAGGAUGUGGAUGUCAUUUAUAAACAAGGAACCGCGUACCUUGGUAACUUCCUGGCCCUGCGCAACACAGGCAGUAAUGCAGAUGCUGAGUCUCUCCCUCAAAGGCUGGUCCCUGAGGAGAGAAUUUCAUUUGGCAUCAAUCCAGCAGUUUCUACAUUAACAACUGUUGUGCAGAUUAGAGAGGAUUACAAUGAGGUGGACUGCAGACUGAUUGCUAAAGAGAUGGGGAUAACCUCUCGGGAUCAAUCCACUCCUGUUUUCCUGGCUCGAAACAUCAGCCAGCACCUGAAUGGUCUGGCUCGCACCAUUGGCGCUGCCCUGAUUGGACAUUUCGGAGGGCGCACGUUCACCCCCAGAAGUGCAUCCACUGCCUUCCUCUAUGUUGGAGGACCUGCAGUUGUUCUCAGUCUGGUUGCAAUGGCACCAGAUGACAGCUCUCUGUAUGCUGCUGUUAAAGUUCUUCUUUCGGUGCUGGAGACCAAUUCUGCCAUGCAACAGGAAAUGAACCGCAUCAGUGGAUACAAGCUGCUCGCUUUCCUGCUGAAGAUGAAGAGUAGCCUGGUCGGCUUCAGAACCUUUCAGCUGGUUCUGCAUCUCUCAGGAUCAGUGCAGCUAAGUACUGGUUCCCUACACAACAUACCUGCUUUCCAGGCACUGCUGUGUGACUUAGAGGUGUGGCAGAACAUGCCAGAUAAUCUGGAAUUGUGCGUUCUGAAACACUUUGCUGAAAUCCUAAAAUCCCAGAGUGACAGCAUAAAUGCGGAGGUCAUGCACAGUGUGGGGUUGUUACAGCAGCUGCUGUUUGAGCUUUCUGAUCCGGCCGUGACCGUUGAGAAAGUCAAGAUAAUUGGUUGUGUUAUCACAUCCCUGCUGAAAGCUCACUUCACCUCUCUGGACAUGAACAGACUUGGACUAUUCCUGGUUUACACACUUCCUCCUCUUAGUAACACAACAGAAAGCAAAGAGAUAUCUGAGAGUGAUCUUCUACUGGACACACCAGAUCGAAGUUCGGGACCAGCCAAUGUCAUCUGGAUUCGCAACCAGCUGCUACUGGCUAUUUGUGAAAUCUUCAGCCUCCUAAACAAAGGGCAGCAGAAAUCUUUAUUUGAUUCCAUGGGCAACGACUGGUUCCUGCUCUUUCUUCAACCCCACCUUCACCCGUCUACUUUGAAACUGGGUCUGGUCAUGCUCACUCACUUCCUCGUCAGUCCUGCCUGUCAGAGACGAUUCCGAGAGGCGGCGAUGCCAGGAACACUGAUAGAAGCCAUGGAGGAACCAUUUGCUGUCAUCGACAAUCUUCGAGCCCAUUCAUGGUCCUACGAGUGCCAAAGCAUCACGUCUCCAGGCUUUGAAGUCCUCCAGGGGUUACUGAUCAGACACUCUCACCUGCCUUCAGUGUAUGAAGCCUUAGCUGCUCUGCUAUUGGGAAUGAAGCUCAGUCCCACAGUACAGGGAAAGGAGCAUUUGGAUGAUAUCCUACAGUCUUUGAUUGACAGCCAAGCAAAAUCUCCUGCUCAGCAGCUCUGUGUUGAAGCUGCAACUAUACUGAUGAAAUUAGUCAAAGUCGUCAUCACUCAGCCUGCUCCACCAGCAAAGGACAUGCCAGACACUGACGCAUCAGGGGAGUUGCAAAUCCCUGCAAGUGUCAUGCAGUUCUUUUUUCUUCUCCAUAGUCUCCGUCCGAGAGACCCACUGUGGGCUUCAGCAGAGUUCCUCCAUGCACUCGCUGAUGUUGUGUUCCCAGUGGACAGUUCAGAGGAUGUCUGUGAGUCUUGCUUGAUGAAUGACACAGAGAACAUAUUCAAGUGUCAUCAAGCCAAAAAGCCAGUGUGUGACUUCAUCCGAAUACUGCUGAUGGACAGUCUUCUCAAUGUUUCUGCUGCCACCAGCACACAUCCUCUUGUUCUGCUGCUAGAGUUUUGUCCCGAUGGUUCAUCGCUGGAAAAGAAGCAGAGUUUCCAGACUGAGUUGCUGGAGCUGGCCAUAGACAUCAUUCAUAUUCUCAGCCAAGAUGAUGAAAACAGCACUCACUUCAACUUUUCAGAUUCAAAGAAUCAGAGGCCUGAGGGACAGAGGGGCACGCUGAUGGAGAACGUGGUGUUCUUCAGUAAGAGUCUGCUGCAGAAGCUUUACAGUGGAGCCUUCUUGGGAGACUCCGGGAGUUUGCUCAGCUUCCUCGCAGAUCAGAUAGUGGUGGUUCUGGAGAAAGGUCAAGCUCAAAAAGAGAAGAUAGUGUCAGCCCUCUACUCAUGCACUAAUAAAGUCAUUCUUUACUUCCUGUCCCAACCGCGGCAUUCCCAAGAAGAAAAAGAAGGAGUCAUCCGAGUGUUACAGACGUACAUGGAGCACUGGGAUGUGUUCAUGGCAACAUACAAUUCAAACGUGAACUUCAUUACGUGCUUCCUCCAUUGUCUGUUGCUGAUACGAUCUGGCAGCUACCCAGAAGGUUUUGGAUGCCUGGCAAAAAAGGUGCGCAAACGAAAAAACUCCCAUUUGUUUGCACACAAAACCAGACCUGCUGCAGACAUGAUCAUCAAUGGUGCAGACCACUUAACAGAUGACAGUGAACUAGUGUCCUUAGCUGAAACCUGCUGGGCAAAGGUCAUGAUGGAGAGGCAACGCACUCUGGAAGAAUCCUAUAAAAUUGAGAUCUCAGCGACCCGCACAGCUGGGAUGGGACCAGUGACCAUGGCUGACAUAAGCCCCCUGUGGGAGGAGAUGGCCCACAAGGCCUGGCUGCUACACACAGAGUCUCAGAAGAAAAAGUUGGCCAGCAGGUCUCAGAAGACUUUUGAAAUGAUCAGCAACGCUGUCCGAGCGGCUUUGGGCAGACACGACAAAGAGUCAGUAACAGUGGAGGAGUUUCUGUCUUAUAUGGAGUCACAUCGACAAAGAGGCCACAGCAUGUUCGAGAAUAUCAAGACCAACCAUUUACAGUUACGAGCCAGCGAGUGGGAUCGAGUCACUUUGAAAUGGCUGCAUGUGGAGGCUGAGCUGCUGAGGGAGAGGGCUGUGUUUGGCCCCGGACCAGGCGUGCUGCUGAGACAAGACUGGGUCCAAGAAGCCGCUGAAGGACCCAACAGGACCAGAUCACGCAUUCGCAGGAAAGCUCUGAGACGGUCUAAACGGCGGGUGCUGGAAUCACUGUGUUUUGGGUUAAUGACUGACAUUGCUGAGGAAAACAAAAGCAAAAUAGAAGGUGAAACAGAGCCCAAAUUCUUGUGCGAUGUUGGAACAGAGGCCAAAGCAGACGAGGAGGAGGAAGGACAGUGUUGUGAGCAGCUGACUUUCUUCCCUGUUCUGAAUGAUACUCCCGCUGUCACAGAGGAUCCACCGGACCCCUUAACCCCUGAACCCUGCUCACUCACACAAGACUGCCCUGACAUACGCAUCAUCCUGCAGGAGAUGGACCCCGGAGAGGAGGUAAACGCUAAGAUGUGUGUGGUGAUGGUCAGUGGCCUCAGGGUGACGGAGGGGGUGCUGCUGUUUGGUAAAGACAGCCUGCUCCUGUGUGAGGGCUUCAGUCUCAGUCCAUCUGGAGAUGUUUGCUGCAGGAAGCAUCACCCCAGCAGUGUGAGAGAUACCUUCAUUUCCUCCAUGCUGAGCAAAGAUCCGCCAUCAGCCAGCUGCAGACGCUGGCUCUACGAGGAUAUCAAGGAGGCCCACUUCACGCGUUUCCUUUUAGAGGACAAUGCUAUUGAGAUCUUCAUGAAAAACGGUCUUUCAGGCUUCUUAGUCUUCCUGAAUAGAGACCAUGUCUCUGCAUAUAAACGCUUGUGUACAGUCACACCAGCAUUAAAAGGCAGAGGGGCCGCUGAGGUCAUUGCUAAUGCCAGGAAGACGUCUGUGAUUGAAAAGACACACCUUGUUAAAUGGCAGAAAGGGGAAAUAAGUAACUUUGAAUACUUGAUGCAUCUGAACACCAUUGCUGGAAGGACGUACAAUGACCUUAUGCAGUAUCCAGUGUUCCCCUGGGUCCUGGCUAAUUAUGAGUCAGAGAGACUGGAUCUGACAAAUCCAGCAAACUUCCGGGAUCUGUCGAAGCCAAUGGGAGCUCAGACAGAGAAAAGGAAACAAAUGUUCAUAGAGCGAUAUGAGGAGGUGGAGAACAGUGAAGGUGAUUUAUCAGCCCGAUGUCACUACUGCACCCACUACUCCUCAGCCAUCAUUGUGUCCUCCUUUCUAGUGAGGAUGGAGCCAUUUUCACACACCUUUCAGGCGCUGCAGGGCGGGUUUGACAUCCCAGAGCGGAUGUUUUACAGUGUAAAGAAGGAGUGGGAGUCGGCCUCCGGAGACAACAUGGGAGACGUCAGAGAGCUGAUUCCAGAGUUCUUCUACUUGCCUGACUUCCUGCUCAACUCCAACAACAUCCAGCUGGGCUGCAUGGAGAAUGGCACCGCUCUUGGAGACGUGGAGCUCCCUCCGUGGGCAAAAGGUGACCCUCAGGAGUUCAUCAGAAUGCAUCGAGAGGCCUUGGAAAGUGACUAUGUUAGUUCCAAUCUCCACCUGUGGAUCGACCUUAUCUUUGGAUGCCGCCAACAAGGUGCUGCCGCCGUAGAAAGCGUCAACACGUUCCAUCCUUACUUCUACGCCCAGAAAGGUUGUCAGGAUGCUAAAGACCCCGUGAUACGGAGCACAAUCUUGGGAUACGUUAGCAACUUUGGCCAGGUUCCCAAACAGCUCUUCACCAAGCCACACCCACCUCGCAGUGGCUCUAGGAGAGAGGGAUCGUCACCUUCUCCUACUCCUUUUUUCUUCAAGCUUGAUAAACUGAAGUCUCCCUCUCAGCCAUUCAGAGAGCUGCCGCGAGGUGUAGUAGGUCAAAUAAUGUGUCUGGAGAAAGAGGUUGUCAUCCUGGAAAGAAACCAGCUCGUCCUGUCACCCGCGUCCACCUCCUUCUUUAGCUGGGGCUUCCCUGACCACAGCUGUGCCUUUGGAAACUAUGCCACAGACAAGACUGUUGCUUUUUGUGAGAGUUUGUGUGACUGGGGCGAGACACUGUGCGCCGCGUGUCCCAAUCCAACAACUAUCGUCACGGCAGGAACCAGCACCGUGGUGUGUGUGUGGGACGUACUUGUCAACAAGGACAAACCCACUCAUCUGAAACUCAGACAGCCUUUGUACGGUCAUACAGAUGCAGUGGUUUGCCUGGCGGUCUCUGAGGUCCACAGUCUGAUCGUCAGCGGGUCCCGUGACCUCACCUGUAUCCUGUGGGAUAUGGAUGAGCUCAGCUACAUUACCCAGUUAGCAGGACACACAACCAGCAUCACUGCUCUGGCUAUCAAUGAACUCACUGGUGAGAUCGCGUCAUGUGCUGGGCCUCAGCUUUACCUGUGGACCAUGAAGGGUCAGCUGUUGACCUGCACUGACACUUCCUGCGGGCCUCAAGCAGACAUCCUGUGUGUGUGCUUCACACAGCGACAGGAGUGGGACUCUAGGAACGUCAUCGUCACUGGCUGUGCAGAUGGCAUCAUACGGAUAUGGAAGACAGAGUACACCAGAACACAAUUACCUGGCCCUCCAGAAGAGCUUGUGUCCCCAGGGCAGGAGCGAACGGAGAGAGACGUGAACAGCUUGUGCCAGGUUAAACGCUGGGAGAGACAUCUGGUGUUAUGCCGAGAGCUGCAGAGAAGUGAGGCUGUGUCGCGGCGCCUCUACAAGAACAAUGCAGCUAUCACAGCUUUGGCAAUGUCCAGGACCCAUGCUACUCUGCUGGCAGGUGAUGCCUGGGGCAGAGUUUUCACCUGGACAUGUGAGUGAGGUGACAGUGCUGUUGUGCCUCCGGCCUCUAUAUCUACACAACCGUAUGCUAUCACAGAAACCCUGGCACACACCAGCUGAGGUGUGUGUGUGUGUGUGUGUGUGUGUGUGUGUGUGUGUGUGUGUGUGUGUGUGUGUGUGUGUGUGUGUGUGUGUGUGUGUGUGUGUGUGUGUGUGUGUGUGUGUGUGUGUGUGUGUGUGUGUGUGUGUGUGUGUGUGUGUGUGUAAUGUAAUGUCAUUCCACAGUAUUUGUUGGCAGGUUUAACUUUACCUUAUGCAUAAGUAUUUAAUUCUGUAUUUUCCAAUGUAAAUACUAAGUUUCAACUAAUUUGAAUAAAACAAUCAAAAUAAAAUUAAAGACAUUUCCCUAAACUGUC